AUGCCCCCGCAGAUGGCACAAAUGGUGACGUUUCUGCCACCUGCACAAGUGCCUCCCCCACAUCAGCCCCCACAACUGGCCCCUCAAAUUCCCCAGCACGUGGCGCUUCAAGCGUCCGUGCCACCGCCCCCCACGACAGCACCCACAGCACCCGCAUUGGCCACAGAAAAGCCCGCCAAGCCCGCAAAGCCCACGAAGCCCGCAAAGCCCACAAAGCCGUCGUGGGCGGACCUGUCGGAAAACCCGAUGGCUCCUCCCAGUUCGUGGCUUCCUGGCGAGGCUGAAGAGCUCCCAACGCUUCUCCCCAAGCCUAACACGGGCAAGGGGAAAGGCAAAGGCAAAGGCAAGGGGAAAGGCAAGGGCAAGAACGGCAACAAAGGAAAUGGCAAGGGCCAGGGCGGUCAGGGCAAAUCCUGGCGCAAUUGGAGCUGGUACUGA